AUGCGUUGGUCAUUGUAAGCGCCACGUCAAAUAAUCAAGUCUUUUGCGCUCUUUGCCUUCUGGCAAUUUUUUUUGCUUCCUUUCACCAUUAAAAUUACUCCAAAUUCUUCCUUCUUCAACUCCAAUUCUCUCUCUCAAAUUUUCCGCUAAUUCUAAAAUCAAUCAUAAUUUCAACAAAUUUAACUCAUCUAAUCAAACUCAAACUAAAAUCACAAAUACUUAAUUACUCAAAAUUCAAUUACUACUACUAAUUAGAAGAAGAAGCAAAUUUAUAGAAAUUGAUUUUUACUAUUUCUUCUUCAAUUUCUCUUUCAUGGUGGUUUUUAAUCUUUCUUGAUUGAUUCUUCCAUGGCAGAAACAUUCGAUUCUUCUUCUUCUUCUUCUUCUGCAGUUGAGAGGAAUCUCCGAUACCCGAAGAUUGAACUCCAUGAUUAUGAACCUCGCGUGUUUCCUCAGCAGGUUACUGAAGAAGUUGAGAAAUGUGAAAAGAACUGUAACAAUGGAUUAGCUGAUGAAGUAGGGGCAGAAGCGAAGAAAGAGACGGUGCAUUCUGAAACGAAUUCUUCCUCAGAUCUUGAGGCGAUUAGUGAUGUGUCACACAGCUCAGCUGCAGGCAGUAAGAACCAUGGCAAAUUCUUCUUUUAUGAUACCCCUGUUUCUGAGGAAACUGGGUUUUGGAUUCCUGUCUCUGUCCCGCCUCUUCCAGAAAGUGAACAUGAAAAGUGGGCUACAAAUCCUUCUGUGAAUGGGGGCUACCUGCCUGAUGCAGAUAUGGAUUGGGAUCAUUUUGUUGGAGAAAAUAAGGAGCUCACAUUGUGGGAUGUUGUUAUGGAGAUGAUGAUUGUGACUGGUGGGAAGGUGAAGGCGAUUGCUUCUGGGGACUUUCAUCAACGCCAGCUCUCUUGGUUAUCAGCUAAUUUUUUGGAGCAAACUUGGCAGGAAAUGGCUCAAACUCUCACAGAGGCAACUAUGGUGAACGUGCAGGAGAUUUUGGAGGCAGAGCCUCCACGUUGGCUUCCUGACAGUUCUGCAUCAGCUUGUAUGCUUUGUAGUGUGCGUUUCCAUCCUAUCAUUUGCUCCAGGCAUCACUGUCGCUUUUGUGGGGGAUUGUUCUGCAGUGAAUGCUCAAAGGGAAGGAGCCUAAUGCCUGUGAAGUUCCGUUAUUCAGAUCCACAACGAGUUUGUGAUGUGUGCUGUGUCCGUUUGGAGUCUGUUCAGGGGUUUCUGAUGGACCAAGUUAGUCGUGCCGCACAGUUGCCAACUCAUGAUUUGACUGAUCUCAGCACCUUGAGAUCUUGGCUUAAUUUUCCAUGGGGCCAGUCCAUGGAAUAUGAGAUUUACAAGGCGGCAAAUGCACUCAAAAGCUAUAACAAGAUCGGUGCUAUAUCAUCUGAAAGGUGCAUCCCAGAUGCUAUUCUGAAGCAAGCGAAAGGCCUUGCCAUUCUUACUGUCGCUAAAGUUGGUACUUUUAUGACCUACAAAGUAGGUACAGGGUUGGUUGUUGCUCGAAGAAAAGACGGAUCUUGGUCUGCUCCUUCUGCAAUUGCUUCUUUUGGCUUGGGUUGGGGGGCUCAGGUAGGAGGACAGUUUACAGAUUUUAUAAUUGUGUUGAGAACUAGUGAAGCAGUCAAAAUGUUUGGAGGAAAUAUGCACAUUUCUUUUGGUGCCGGAAUGAGUGCAGCGGCUGGGAUUGUGGGAAGGUCUGCAGAAGCUGAUAUACGCGCUGGAGAUGGAGGCUAUGCAGCUUGCUAUACAUAUAGCUGCAGUAAAGGCGCAUUUGUUGGUUGUUCCCUCGAGAGUAACAUUGUUACAGCUCGUCAUAAAGAAAAUUCCAGAUUUUAUGGUAAUUCAUCCCUGAAAACCUCUGAUAUUUUGCUUGGAUCAUUGCCAAGACCGCCUGCUGCUGCCAUCCUCUAUGAUUCAUUGUCAGCUUUAUACCAGAAACUGGAGUGAUGAAAGAAACUCUGACACAUUGUAGAUACGGCUUUUGUCCAAGCUUUUGGGUCUCAACUCUCAAGCGUAGAUUCUCUCAUCCUUUUAAUUCUUCAAGUUACAGCAUCUCAUUGAUUUAUUUUACCGGAAGCACUUGGUGGAAAUAUGGCUGUACAGUACAACGUUUUCGGAAAACAAAAUGUAAAUAUUAACAUUAGUGGUUCAAAACUUGAAAUUUAUCAUUGGAAAAAAUUGAUAUGACAUGUUUGGAAAUAUUGCUUGUCCACUGAAACUAAUUUCAAUCUUGAAUACGACUUGCAUGUUUGAAUAA